AUGUCUCUUUCCCGCGUCAUCAACCAUGGAAAAGAAAGACUUGGUAAUUGCCUUUUGAGGCCAAAGACAGCUGCAUCUUUAGCAGGGUACUCGACGUCAGCAAAAGCAGCGGUGGAGAAGAUUUUCGCUGAUUCAAAGUCAGCUGAAUUUGUGGCGGGUGCAGGCUCCGCCACGUCGAUACCCGACUUACAUGGUUUACCUGAGGAGAUCAUACCAGGUCGUGCAAACGCCGGUAAAUCCUCCUUAUUCAAUUCCGUUCUGGGAAGGACGUCUCUACUCCAUACGAGUAAGAAACCGGGGCACACGCAGCAAUUGAACUUCUAUCGCGUCGGCGCGGAACCAGGAAAGCUCGUCCUCGUGGAUGCGCCAGGGUACGGUGCCCGAGGAAGACCACAAUGGGGCGAAAUGUUUGAUGGGUAUCUCCGGAGCCGAAAGGAACUACGCCGUGUUUACAUCCUCUUCAACGCUAAACACGGUCUAAAUGGAUACGACACCCAGAUGCUCUCUCAUCUCUCUACGUUUCUUGUCUCGCCCUCUGGAACGCAGCCCUUUACUCUCCAAGCCGUGAUAACCAAGAUCGACACUGUGCCGGUGGGCAAGGUCCAGGGGUCGUUAGAAAAGAUGCGCAAAGACAUCUUCGCAUUUGCACCCCUUUGUCUUCCUCCAAUCGUAACAAGUUCGCUUAUGUCCCCUCCUUUUGGGAUUGAUCUGGUAAGAAGGAAUAUUGCUGAAGCCUGUGGGCUUCUCUGA